AUGAAGCGCCUGUUUGUGAUUGGCCGGCAGGUGGUUAAGAUCUCGCCCCCUACUGUGCGCAUCGUGCACUCAGGUCAGACGUGUAACGUGGAGGAGGAGCGCUACAGCGAGAGAGUUUACACCAUCAGAGAGGGCGAGACUCUGGAGCUGCAGUGUCUGGUGACAGGACACCCCCGACCUCAGAUCCGUUGGACGAAGACGGCGGGCGGAGCCUCGGACCGUCAGGGCGACUCCUCGCUGCUCAACGAAACUCUGAAGAUCGAUAACAUCAGCCGCCACCAGGGGGGGCGCUACUACUGCAAGGCGGACAACGGACUGGGAUCCCCCGCCAUCCGGUCCAUACGGGUCGACGUCUACUACCUGGACGACCCGGUGAUAACGGUGCAUCAGAGCGUCGGCGAGGCGAAGGAGCACUUCUACUUUGAGAGGACGGUGUUUCUCCGCUGCGUCGCCAACUCCAACCCACCCGUUCACUACACCUGGAGGAGAGGCCGGGAGGCGCUGACGCAAGGCUCCGACUCCGGGGUGGAGAUCUACGAACCGUUUUUCACCCAGGUGAAGAAACACACCUCCCAGUUUCUUACUGCCAGGAGCACGAACGAGCCAAGAGGCGUCCAUCACCUUGAUAACGACCCGCCAGAGGUUAAAGAGCCGGGACUCGCUGCCAGCCAGUCAGAGCUGAAGAAGCCUCCCGUAUAA